AUGCCUAGCGAAAACAGAGCCCCAAAGUCGAGCAAUUCCAGUAAGCCUACUAAGAGCAAGAAUGAUAUCGCUGCAAGCGCCCACAAAGCCAAGGAUGCCAUGAGUCAAAACACCACGCAGGCAUAUGGAGCCCUUAUGGGAUGCUUUGGUGGAGAGAAGAAGUUCAACGAAGUAAUCCAGAAAUACAAUCCAGCUUUUUUCGACUAUGCAGAAAAUGUUGUGCUCAAGUCUGCCCCCAUAGAGUACAAAGCAAGCAAGUUAUUCGUCACUCUUGGUGUUAUAGGAAUGUUCCAAUUUGCCAUUCCCAUAGUACACUGGCCUCUAGAAGUCAUUGCCAAGUUCUUACAGUUCUCGUUUCUGUAUACUUGCGGUGCCAAGGAGCUUCGCAAAGGCUUCAGCACAAGCUCCUCCGUCAACCUCGUCAAGUCUUUGCUCAUAACAUUCGUUGUGGUCGUGUCAUUGCAAACGAUACCCAGUCUGCUUUUUGAUAUCCACUACCAUUUCGGAGCGCUGUGGCAUUUCUGCCUUCCUGUGCUUCUGCUUUCUCUACCAAGCCCCCAAGAGAACGAUAGGACAGUGGCAAUAUUCCUAUGUGAUGUCUUCUUGUCUAGCUUUCUGAAUACAAUGACGGCAACCAUGACCGGAAUGCUGCCAGAGAUCGACCUCCAAGAUGAUGCCCAGAGGGUUCCAGCUUUGUUUGCUUUCUCAGCUUUUGCUAUCUCCCUGUAG